CGGGGAAGAAGAAGAAUAGCGUGCUUGCAAUCCGCGUUUUUGUGUAAAAAUUGUGAAUUAGUAAUUGAUUUGCAGUUUUCUUUAAUUUUAAAGAAGAAAUUAGUAAUCAGCAGGUGCUGUAACCUUUGGAAAAACAAUGGAUUCCGAUUUGUACGAUGAGUUUGGCAACUAUAUUGGCCCCGAUCUAGACAGCGACGAGGAUGAUGACCAAAGUAUUUACGGGCAACCCGAUGUACAGGAUGAUCCAGAGGACGCCAUGGACGAGGACGAGGUGGAGCCGCAGGAGGACGAGGAUAAGGAGGUGACCGCCGUGGUGCUACACGAGGAUAAACGCUACUAUCCUUCAGCAGUUGAGGUUUACGGCCCGGAUGUGGAGACCAUUGUCCAGGAGGAGGACGCCCAGCCGCUGGACAAGCCGCUCAUAGAGCCGGUAAAGAAGCUCAAGUUCCAGAUCAAGGAGCAGGACAUGCAGGAGACCACCUACGACAUGGAGUUCAUGGCCGAUCUCAUGGACACUCCACCGCUAAUCCGCAACGUGGCGUUAGUUGGGCACCUGCACCACGGCAAGACCACCUUCGUUGACUGCCUCAUUCGGCAGACGCAUCCACAGUUUGAGACCAUGGAAGAGCGCCAGCUGCGCUACACGGACACCCUGUUUACGGAACAGGAACGCGGCUGCAGCAUCAAGGCCACGCCGGUCACACUUGUCCUGCAGGAUGUCAAGCAGAAGAGCUACUUGCUGAACAUCUUCGACACCCCGGGGCAUGUCAACUUCUCGGACGAGGCCACCGCCGCCAUGCGAAUGAGCGAUGGUGUGGUACUGUUCAUCGAUGCCGCCGAGGGCGUCAUGCUCAACACGGAGCGGCUGCUCAAACACGCGGUGCAAGAGCGCCAGGCUAUCACCGUUUGCAUAAACAAGAUUGAUCGCCUUAUCCUGGAGCUCAAAUUGCCGCCCCAGGACGCCUACUUUAAGCUGAAACAUAUUGUGGAGGAAGUCAAUAGUCUGCUGAGCAUCUAUGGCGCUGCAGAUGACAAUCUCUUAGUUUCGCCCAUCCUGGGCAACGUGUGCUUUGCCAGUUCGUUGUACGGCUUCUGUUUCACUCUGAAAUCCUUUGCCAAGCUGUAUGCAGACACCUACGAGGGAGUGGCUUAUCUGGACUUUGCCAAGCGCCUCUGGGGCGACAUGUACUUCAACAGUAAAACUCGUAAGUUUUCGAAGAAGCAGCCGCACAAUUCGGCACAGCGCAGCUUUGUGGAGUUCAUUUUAGAGCCCAUGUACAAGUUGAUAGCCCAAGUGGUUGGCGAUGUGGACACCACUCUGUCGGACACUCUGGCCGAGCUGAAUGUGCGCGUCUCCAAGGAGGAGAUGAAGUCCAAUAUAAGACCUUUACUGCGUCUCGUCUGUAACCGUUUCAUGGGCGACUGCAGCGGCUUUGUGGACAUGUGCGUGGAGCACAUUAAGUCCCCCUUGGAAAAUGCGAAGCGUAAGGUGGACCACAUUUACACUGGACCCAAGGAGGGUGACAUUUACCGGGAUAUGAUUUCAUGCAACCAAUACGGCACUCUGAUGGUGCACAGUUCCAAGAUGUAUCCCAACGACGACUGUACCUUCUUCCAAGUGCUGGCGAGAAUUGUCUCUGGUACUCUACACGCUGGCCAAGAGGUGCGUGUCCUGGGAGAAAACUACACCCUGCAGGAUGAGGAGGACUCCCGCAUAUUGCAAGUGGGUCGAUUGUGGGUAUUUGAGUCUCGUUACAAAGUGGAGUUAAAUCGAGUACCCGCCGGAAAUUGGGUGCUCAUCGAAGGCAUCGAUCAGUGUAUCGUUAAGACCUCUACCAUUGUGGAUAUUAAUGUCCCAGAAGACCUCUACAUAUUCCGGCCACUGAAGUUCAAUACCCAGAGCAUUAUCAAGAUUGCUGUGGAGCCAGUAAAUCCUUCCGAGCUUCCCAAGAUGUUGGAUGGCCUUCGCAAGGUGAACAAAUCCUAUCCGCUCCUCUCGACUCGAGUUGAAGAAUCUGGCGAGCAUGUUAUUCUGGGCACUGGCGAGCUAUACUUGGAUUGUGUCAUGCACGACCUGCGGAAGAUGUACUCUGAGAUCGACAUUAAAGUGGCGGAUCCUGUGGUGGCUUUUUGCGAAACAGUUGUGGAAACUAGUUCGCUGAAAUGUUUUGCCGAAACCCCGAAUAAGAAGAACAAAAUAACCAUGAUCUCGGAACCACUGGAGAAGGGACUGGCCGAGGACAUUGAGAACGGAACCGUUUGCAUAAACUGGAACAAGAAACGCAUUGGAGAGUUCUUCCAGGUCAACUACGAUUGGGAUCUGCUUGCGGCGCGUUCUAUUUGGGCCUUUGGUCCUGACACCACGGGUCCAAAUAUCCUGGUCGACGACACCCUGCCCUCGGAAGUGGACAAGAACCUGCUGACCGCGGUUAAGGAUUCGAUUGUGCAGGGCUUCCAAUGGGGAACGCGAGAAGGACCGCUUUGCGAGGAGCCCAUCCGUAAUGUCAAGUUUAAGAUUCUCGAUGGUGUUAUUGCCAACGAGGCGUUGCAUAGAGGUGGUGGACAGAUCAUUCCAACAGCCCGUCGAGUUGCUUACUCGGCGUUUUUGAUGGCCACCCCUCGUCUGAUGGAACCGUAUCUGUUUGUGGAAGUUCAGGCGCCGGCAGAUUGUGUAUCCGCUGUUUAUACUGUGUUGGCUAGGCGCAGAGGCCACGUAACGCAAGAUGCUCCCGUAUCGGGUUCUCCCAUCUAUACGAUCAAAGCCUUUAUACCCGCCAUUGAUUCAUUUGGAUUCGAGACGGAUCUCCGCACGCACACACAGGGUCAGGCCUUCUGCCUUUCGGUGUUCCAUCACUGGCAGAUAGUGCCUGGCGAUCCCCUGGACAAGAGCAUCAUAAUCCGACCCCUGGAGCCGCAGCAAGCAUCCCACUUGGCCCGAGAGUUUAUGAUCAAGACGCGCCGCCGGAAGGGUCUUUCCGAGGACGUGUCUAUCAACAAAUUCUUCGACGAUCCUAUGUUGCUGGAGCUGGCGCGCCAGGAUGUGCUGGUCAACUACCCCCUUUAGACACCAGCUAUCAAGAAAAUAAAUAAAAUAUUUAGACAUACUUUCGGAAUUUCAA